GUGUACGAGGCAGUCCCAUGCUACAGCGAGUGCAAUCAGUAUUCGUGGGUAGUAGAGCCGUGGUCUCCGUGCAAAAUCAGCAGCGAGCAAAAUUCCCUCCACUGUGGAGAAGGAAUACAAACGAGGAGAGUCAGGUGUGUGAGUACGGCUGAGGACCACAGCGAGGAGACCGUGCCCGACGCACUGUGCAAUCAGGCUGAAAUCCCAGAUGUAACGCAGAAGUGCAGCUUGUACUGCCCCAGUGAGUGUGCGGUGUCUGACUGGGGACAGUGGAGCAAGUGUCCGCAGGUGUGUGAUCCGAAUAUUAUGCAAACCCGAACCCGACAAGUGCUGAGGUCUUCUGUCAACACAAAGCCCUGCCCUGAAGACUCACAGGUGAAGCCCUGUAUUCUUAACCAAAAUUGCUUCCAGUAUCACUACAACCUAACAGGCUGGAGUGGGUGCCAGCUGGGGGCCAACGCCAGCUGCGGGCACGGGGAGCGACGGCGCCUCCUCAGCUGCCAGCGCAGCGACGGGGCCAUCGUCAGCACGCAGCUCUGCCAGCGGCUCCGCCUGGAGAAGCCGGUGCAGACGAGCAGCGGGUGUGUGGUGGGCUGUGCGGUGGACUGCCGGCUCUCGGCGUGGUCAGCCUGGUCGCAGUGCUCCCACACGUGUGGCGCUGGCGGCCAGAUGGUGCGUGGGCGCUCGGUGGUCCUGCGGGCAGCGGGUGAGGGCAGGCCCUGCCCGGAGCAGCUCACCCAGCACCGCAGCUGCCCGGUGAAGCCCUGCUACAGCUGGCUGCUGGGCCCGUGGUCUCCCUGCACGCUCCAGGGUGGACAGUGUGGAGAUGGAUUGCAAGUCCGCAACCUCACAUGUGUAGUGCACGAUGCAUCUGUUUCUGCUACCUACAAACCAGUAGAAAAGGCGUUAUGUGGUGAGCUGCCAGCGAAAGAGAGUGUGCUGCAGUUACCGUGCUCUGUGCCUUGCCCAGGUGACUGCCACCUGACAGAGUGGUCGGAGUGGAGCUCCUGUGAGCUUACCUGCAUUAAUGGCAGGAGCUUCGAGACAACAGGUCGCCAGUCCCGAUCCAGGGCGUUUAUCGUUCAGUCUCCUGAGAACCAGGAGAGCUGCUCCGGACAAGCAAUGGAAACACGGCCUUGCUCAGGAGGGAAGUGUUACGACUACCUGUGGAAAACCAGCCUUUGGCAAGACAACGUACGCACAGUGUGGUGUCAGCGCUCAGAUGGAAUAAAUGUCACAGGAGGGUGCACUCUUCGGACGAAGCCUGCAGAAGUUCGGCACUGCAGCCCGGCGUGCAGGAAACCGUUCUCCUACUGCACACAGAGAGGAGUCUGCGGUUGUGAGCGUGGAUAUACAGAAAUAAUGAGAUCAGAUGGUUUCCUGGAUUACUGCGUGAGGGUACCAGGUUUAGAAGAUAAGAAAGCUGAUGUUAAGACCAUUGCUGGAAAAAAUAAACCUGUCAACUCAAAAAUGCAUGACAUUUUCAAAGGAUGGUCUAUUCAACCUUUUAAUCCAGAUGGUAAACUGAAGAUGUGGGUAUACGGAGUAUCAGCUGGCGGGUUCCUCAUCAUAGUUUUCCUGAUUUUUACAUCCUACUUGAUGUGCAAAAAAACAAAGCAGCAUCAGAGCCCUCCGCAGCAGCAGAAGCCUCUGACCUUGGCCUAUGAUGGAGACAUUGAUAUGUAACGUAAAAAAGAAACCCAAAUGUAGACAUCGACUGCCUUAACUGCUUUCUUUUUUGGAACUCUCCGACUUCUCAGUUUUUUGAGGAAUCUCCUGAUGUGUAAUGCACUGGGCAGAAGUGUUGCGAGCUUAAAAUUUUGCCACCUCUUUAUUAAACAAAAAAAAUUGAGUCGAAGACUUGGAUCUUGUGGAACUUUUCUGAAGAGACCAGAAAAUACAUCUCUUCCUGUUGAGCAAUGGGAAUAAUAAUAAUAAAAAACAAAGAAUCUACAGACGUGAAAAGGAAUUAGUAAAAAAAAGAGGCAUGACAAUCCUGAGGAAAAUGUGACAUUUACCGUAACUGACAAGUUUGACACAGCAUCAUUAUGCACUAUAUUAGUGCAGGGUUCUUUAUUCUUCACAUCUUUCAGCAAUGAGUUUUCUAGUGUUUACAUUUCGUUCAGAGACUUUCAAACCGGAUC